AUUAUGAUCACUUGUCUAACGAAGGUACUUCAAUUAUUUUUUAUUGGGUUUUUUUUAUUUUUUAUUAUCUUGAAGGAUUUAUUGAUGAAUUCCUCUAAAGAAAUGUUUUGAUGAAUUUAUUAUUGCUCGCGCCUCAUUUUUAGAUUUUUGGUUGUUAGAAUUAAGAUCAAUAUCUCAGACUGGGAUAAUUUCCUGAAAUGAAUCUCUUCUUUUGAAAAAAAUGAUUUACUUGAACAGGGUUUCAACAAUUAAGGGUACACUUUUGAGCAUGUUGCAGAUUUUCUUCUUGAUGUUUUUAGAUUGUACAAGAUUUCACCAAAUGAUAAUAACUCGUGUCUUUUUGGACUAGAAUUAUAACUCUCUUAUUUGAUGUUUAUUUUCCUGCUUCUUUUGCCCUGGACUGUGGAUUUCCCAACCGGAAAAUUAUAAUUAAGUACUGGUCCACACAUGCGUGGAACUAUCGCGUUAUUGCCUGCAAAAUACAAAUUCAAGCCAAUCUAUCCUCCGACACGGCAAUGGGGUAUUCUAGGCACUACCACACCAAAGGAACAAGGGAAGAAUGAUGCUAAGGAAGAAGGGGCUCUCAGGAAAGAAAAGGCUGAUCCAAUUUGUGUCAUUGGAAAGCCUCCAUCACUGCCCCCUGUUCUUGGACCACUUGUCGCGUUCUCACUAUUGGAAACAUGGAUGAGUCGUGAUGGAGAUGAUAGCUGACUGCUGGGUAUGUAUAGCUAUUGAUGCUUAACUGUUUGUGGAUGAAACGGCCUUUCUACUUGGAAAGGAACUCUGAUAUUUGAAUCAACAAUUUGAUU